AUGGUCGAGGGGGAUGUGGUCGAGGGGGGUGUGGUCGAGGAGGGUGUGGUCGAGGAGGGUGUGGUCGAGGAGGGGGUGGUCGAGGAGGGGGUGGUCGAGGAGGGGGUGGUCGAGGAGGGUGUGGUCGAGGAGGGUGUGGUCGAGGAGGGUGUGGUCGAGGAGGGUGUGGUGGAAGAAGAGGUCGAGGAGGAUAUGGCCAGAUGGUUUGAGCAUGCCAUACGCUCCAAUCUUUGA